AUGAGGGUUCUGCUGAUGUUCCUUUUAUUCACCGUCGUGUCAUCAACCCUCUUCCAUCACCAUCACAACAAGAGAAGAACACCACCAAGACAUAAAGCUCGUGGACCAAGCAGAAUGAAGCACCACGUCCGAUCCGAACGAAAAGCCGAAGAAUGUCAGAAGCACGAGCAUCAUCUCAUCUGUGGACCAGAGAGACAUUGUGAUCGGACGUGUGAGAACUUGUUCAGCCCUCCAAACUGCGAAAACCAUCUGCACCAUGCCAAAUGUUACUUCCCUCGAUGCGUCUGCAACCAUGGAUACGUUCGAGACGACAACGGUAUCUGCAUCCGACCCUCGCACUGUCCCAAUACGUACUAUGAGCCGGCAUCGAUGAUCAUGGAAGACGACAAUGAUAUGAUGAUCCAAUUCAAGCCCGUGAAGUUCUCACGGAUUGGAAACCAUCGUGUCUACAGAGUCUCCAAAAACCACCGACCCCAUGUUCCAUCGGAGCUUGCCAUCAGAAUCUAG